AUGUUUCAUUCACCUAGACAAAGGGUACCUCAAGCUUCGGUAAACGUCACACCAAGACUCACACUCUCUGCCGCCGUUGUGGAAGGCGUGCUUUUCAUAAUCAAAAGAAAACCUGUGCACAGUGCGGGUACCCUUCCGCGAAGACCAGAAGCUGUUAGUGCCUUUCUACACAUUGAUGAUAAAAUAACUGGAGUGAAAAAGAACGGCUUCCGAGAGGGCACCCAGGCCAAGAGAAAAAAAAUAGUCGCCGCUGAUGUCGAAUAG